AUGUCCAGAAAAACAUCAUCAUUCAAAGAGGCUCAGGCAUUUAACAAGACGAAAGAGCUUAUCGAGAAAUUACCCUUCUUAGUACCUUUAGAAAUAAGAUUAAAGAUAUUCAAGGAAGUUAUUGCAAUGGAUAGAGACUAUUGUUAUGAUUUACAGCAUUUCAUAGAACCUAUUGGAAUAAGAAGGGAACAAAUAUUUGAGGAUUCUUAUGCCAAAUUGAACAACCUUUCCCCUCUUCAAUUGAAAGGAAGAGUAAGAGUGCAAUUUAUUGAUCAACAUAACACUGUAGAGGAUGGUAUUGGCCUUGGCCCAUUGAGAGAAUACUUGUUCGAAUUGAGCAAACUUGCAUUCAGCAAUAGCUAUGGACUUUUCAAAGCAACCGAUGAUGGUCGUUUAUAUCCAAAUCCUAAUUCCUCAAUAAUUUAUCCAGAUGGUCUUGAUUUGAGAUUUUAUAACUUUUUGGGGAAGAUAUUAGGCAAGGCAAUUUAUGAUGCCAUUGUUAUUGACUUACCAUUUGCCAAAUUUUUCGUUUCAAAAUUAAUGAAGGGUAACAACAAUGAUUUAAUUAAUGAUUUGGCUACAUUUGACAAGGAAUUACAUCGUAACUUGCUCUUUUUGAAAAAUAAUAAUAAUGCAGGAGAUUUGGGAUUGAAUUUUACUAUUGUGGAUGGAGAUGAAUUAUCUGGCAGAAUUGCAAGACAAUUGAUACCAAAUGGUGAAAAUAUUGCAGUGACUGACAGCAACAAACUCUCCUUUAUUUUCAGAGUUGCUAAUUAUAAGCUCAACCACCAAAUUAAGAGUCAAUCAGAUGCAUUCAUGAAGGGAUUGAAUGAAAUUGUACCUUCAUCAUGGAUUUCUCUUUUUGAUGAAAAUGAAUUUAUUGAUAUUAUCUGUGGAAGUGAUAGUCCAAUCGAUAUUGAUGACCUAUAUGCCAAUACAGAGUAUGGAAGUGGUUACAGUCAAGAACAUCCAACCAUUCAAAUGUUUUGGGAUGUUGUCUUUAAUGAUUUGACCUCUUCACAACACGUCUUGUUACUCAAAUUCAUUAGUUCAAUUUCAAGACCACCACUGCUCGGAUUUAAAGAUAUGCACCCAAAGAUUUGUAUUCAAAGAGUGACUGACACCUCUCGUUUACCAACUUCCAGUACUUGCUACUCUCUUUUGAAACUUCCAAGCUAUAGAGAUAGAGAAACCUUGAAGGAAAAAUUGAUUCAAGCCAUUGAACAAGGUACUCAAUCAUUUGGUCUCACAUAAUAUAAUUUUUGUAACAUUUCUAAAAUCAAAAAUAAAUUAAACCAUUGUAAGAAAUUAAACCAAAAAAAA